AUGUUUACCUUCACCCCUCUGCUGGGCGCACAGUCCUCUUCAUCGAGGGCGUCGCAGUCAAUCUUGGAGCUGGAUGGAGGGAUCAAUAUUCUGGUGGAUGUCGGUUGGGACGAUACGUUUGACACCGUCGACUUGGCGGAGUUGGAGAAACAUAUUCCUACACUCUCCCUCAUUCUUUUGACACAUGCGACGCCGGCGCAUAUCGGUGCCUUUGUCCAUUGUUGCAAAACAUUCCCCCUCUUUACUCAAAUCCCUAUCUAUGCGACGAGUCCCGUUAUCGCCCUUGGCCGUACACUUUUGCAGGAUCUCUAUGGUUCCGCGCCACUUGCUGCGACAUUCCUACCUCAAGCGUCGAUUUCAGAGCCUGGCGCGUCUUCAACGGCAUCUGCGGUAGGCUCGGUUGGCGGACUGCGGGGAGACGCUGAAGCUGCUGGCAGCACGGGACGGAUUCUUCUUCAACCGCCGACAACAGAGGAAAUAGCUCGCUACUUCUCUAUCAUCCAGCCGCUCAAAUAUUCGCAACCACACCAACCGGUGCCCUCUCCGUUUUCGCCACCGCUGAAUGACCUGACACUUACCGCCUACAAUGCUGGACACACCGUCGGUGGAACAAUAUGGCACAUUCAGCACGGGAUGGAGUCUAUUGUCUACGCCGUGGAUUGGAACCAGGCCCGUGAGAGCGUCGUGGCAGGUGCUUCAUGGUUUGGCGGCUCGGGGGCCAGCGGAACAGAGGUUAUUGAACAACUGCGGAAACCCACGGCCUUAAUCUGCAGUAGCAAAGGCGGCGACAAAUUUGCUCCCUCGGGAGGUCGCAAAAAACGAGAUGAUCUCUUGCUCGACAUGAUACGGAGUAGUCUCGCGAAAGGCGGUACCGUUCUCAUCCCGACGGAUACUAGCGCACGCGUCUUGGAGUUAGCAUAUGCAUUAGAGCAUGCUUGGCGAGAUGCUGCGACUGGUGACAAGGAGGAUGUGCUUCAGGGUGCCGGGUUAUACCUGGCCGGCAGAAAGGUCAACACGACCAUGAGAUUGGCUCGAAGUAUGCUGGAAUGGAUGGACGAGAACAUUGUUCGCGAAUUUGAAGCUGCUGAGGGGGUCGAUGCAACGGCUGGUCAAAGACCAGGCGGGCAGGGCCAGGACAAGAACGCGAGCAAGGGCGUUGGACCGUUUACCUUCAAGCAUCUCAGGACUAUUGAGCGCCAAAAGCGACUUGAGAAGCUUCUGGCAGACCAAGGACCCAAAGUUAUUCUUGCUUCCGAUACUUCGUUGGCUUGGGGCUUCUCCAAGGAGUCUUUACGCCAGGUGGCCAGUGGGCCCAAUAAUCUGCUGUUAUUGACGGAGUCUUUCCGCAAAGAAAAGACAGAAGCGGCCGUGGAGGAAACACCCGACGAAAUGACCCUUGGUGGCAUCAUCUGGCAGUGGUACGAAGAGCGACAGGACGGUGUGGCCCUCGAGAAGGGGUCAGAUGGGGAGUUGAUCGAACAAGUCCACAGUGGCGGACGCGACUUGACGUGGUCGGACGUGCACCGAGCACCCCUUGAAGCCGGGGAGCAGCUGCUUUACCAACAGUAUCUCGCGACCAAACGUCAACUUGAAGAUACGUCUCAGACUCGAGGCCAGGAAAACCUCGAGACUGCAGCGGAUGCUCUCGACGACAGGUCCAGUUCAACAUCUUCCGAGGAUUCAGAAUCGGAGCAGCAGGGUCGAGCGUUGAACUUUUCGACAUCACUCGCCCACGCUAACCGGAACAAGCUUGCGCUCAGCGACCAGGAUCUGGGAAUCAACAUCCUCCUUCGGCGUAAAAAUGUGUACGACUAUGAUGUUCGUGGAAAGAAAGGCCGCGAGCGCAUGUUCCCCUACGUGGCCCCAAGGAAGAAAGGAGACGAAUACGGAGAAUUCAUUCGCCCUGAAGAAUAUCUGCGAGCAGAGGAGCGCGAAGAGAUCGACAUGCAGCAACGGCGGUCCGACGCGCAGACUAAGUUGGGUCAAAAGCGGCUUUGGGAUGAGACUGUUGGGCCUAGUGGGCGUCGAUCAUCUGGUGGUGCAGUGGGACGUAAACGUCAGCAGCUGACCCGGGACGGCCAAAGACUGGAUUCAAACGCAGCCGAUGACCUGAGCAUUGCCUCAGAUGCUGAAGGUGCCGACGUCGCGGCAUCCUCAGACGAUGAAGCAAACACCCAAGGGUUCGAAGGACCGGCAAAGGCUGUGUAUAACAAGGAGACCAUCACGAUUAACGCUCGAAUUGCGUUCGUCGACUUCACGGGCAUGCACGACAAGCGCAGCUUGGAGAUGUUGAUCCCGCUCAUCCAGCCUCAGAAAUUGAUCCUUGUUGGCGGACUGAAGGAAGAGACAUUGGCAUUAGCCACCGAAUGCAAAAAGCUACUAGCGGCCAAACCCGGAAUUGAUGCCUCUGCUCCUGCCGCAGACGCGUCUGCGAUCGUCUUCACGCCUGCCAAUGGCGAGCUUGUCGACGCAAGCGUCGAUACCAACGCCUGGAUGGUCAAGCUGAGCAACGCCCUCGUCCGACGUCUAAACUGGCAGCAUGUCCGCAAUUUGGGCGUCGUCGCUUUGACCGCCCAGCUGCGAGGACCAAAGCCUGCUGUCGAGGACGAGGAUGGUGAAACAGCAGGCAAGAAGAUGAAGCUCCUGAAAGAUGAAGCCGCCUCCACCGCCGUCGCACCAACGUCAAAUGGCAGUGACAUCAAGUCCACUGACAAACCCGACGUUCUCCCCUUAAUUGACACCCUCCCUGUCAGUCUAGCGGCAGGCACCCGGUCUAUGGCUCGGCCACUUCACGUCGGCGACUUGCGUUUGGCAGAUCUUCGCAAGCUGAUGCAAGCCGCCGGUCACACUGCAGAAUUCCGUGGCGAGGGUACGCUGCUGAUUGAUAAAUGUGUGGCAAUCCGCAAGUCGGGCACGGGCAAGAUCGAGAUUGAGGCCACGGCGCAGUCGGCGACCAACCAGCCCGCAUUGGGCCGUGGAGCGGGGAGCUUUCUUGCAGUCAAGAAGAAGAUCUACGAAGGUUUGGCCGUGGUGGCAGGUAGUUGA